AUGGCAAUAAAAAAGAAAGCAGAGAAUGAUUUUAAAUUUUUGAAUUAUUAUUCUCAUAAUCCUACUUCAAUUCCACCAUUUGCAUUAGAAUCCAAUUUUUUAAGAGGAAAUGAGUUAGAAUCCGGUUAUGUGAAGAUAAUUAGUUCUCGCUGCAAAGACAAUGUUAAUGCGUCAAACCCGCAAUAUUAUGAAGAUCCAGAGAUUGCAAAUAAAUUUUCAACUUUAGAUUCAGAAUGGGGAGGUGAAGAACGAUUAAAAAAUAUAUUCAAUAUACCAGAUAUUGAGAAGAUGAGUUUUGAAAAUUUUGAAGAUAAGAAAAAAUGGCGUCAAUAUAUUUCGGAAAUUAAAGAACUUUAUCAUAUAAAACCGAAGAAAGCAUAUACAAGCACAUUCACUUGCCAGAACUAUUCUAAUAGUAGUAUAAUAUGUAAAGAGUGGAUAAGAGAUGAAAUUAAUAAAGAAAAAGAACAUUGGAUCGGAUUCAAAAAUCAACAAUUAAAACAAUAUAAACCAAUCAUCAAAAACUUUAUUCUGAAUAACAUUUUUUUCAGAUUAUUUUUAAGAUUAAUAAUUAUUGGAUUAUGUGUUGCAGUGGUUACAGUUUCUUCUAAUAUAAUUGCAAAUUCAAGAGCAGAACGGGUAUUCUUAGAAGAUAAACCAUUUUUCAAUAAUUAUACAAUCGAUUUGAUGAUAAAUUUCUCGGAUUUGAUUUUUAAUGUAUUUUCCAAUUCAUUAGCCAUAAUUUACAAUCUAUAUAUUGGAUACGACGAAUUUGCAGGCAAACCCAUCGGAUUAAACAAUCCAACAAGUCAUGCAGUAUUUCUUAUGUUAGAUCUGUUUUUUAUAAUAGUGGAAAACGUUAAUUUAUCGUUAUCAAUGAAUUAUAUAAUAAACACAAGACACUCAUUUAAUAAAAAAGAUAACCAGUUAAAUGAAAAUUUCAAAUCAAUUGAUAUUACAAUCCAGUUGUUAAUUAAAACAUUUUGUCAACAAGAACAAUUAUUAAUAUUAUUAACUUUUUUGUUAGAGUUAAUAUGGACAUUUACCUUUUGUAUUGGUAUAAUAAAGAUAUUAGAUAAAACCAAUUCGAAUACAAGUUAUAAUAGAAAUAGACCAAAUUCAAAACAAUUCCGAAUACGUCACUGA